AUGCUAUCUUCUCAAUUCAUCAUGUCACUUUUGUCAAAUAAAACAAUCACAUCUCUGACAUUUCUGCUAACCGGAAUUCCUGGCCUGGAAGUUUUCCACACCUGGAUCUCUGUUCCCUUCUGCUUCCUCUAUGCCAUUGCCAUCUCUGGGAAUAGCAUGAUCCUAUUCAUCAUCAUCACCAAUCAAAGCCUUCAUGAGCCCAUGUACUAUUUGCUUUCCAUGCUCUCAGCCACUGACAUGUACCUGUCCCUCUCCACUCUGCCCACUACUCUUGGUGUCCUCUGUCUUAAUAUUCAAGAGAUUGGUUGGAAUGCUUGCCUUAGCCAAAUGUUCUUCAUUCAUUCCCUCACUAUCAUGGAGUCCUCGGUGCUCUUGGCCAUGGCCUUUGAUCGCUACAUUGCUAUCUGUAACCCAUUGAGAUAUGUAAACAUCCUCACUCCAACCAGAAUCAUACAGAUUGGACUGAUGAUAGUGGCAAGAGGUAUUCUGUUUAUGAUUCCCCUCUUUAUGCUUCUUAAGCAACUGUCAUUCUAUAGGGAUAAUAUUCUUUCUCACUCCCACUGCUACCAUUCUGAUAUGAUCAAAUGUUCCUGCUCCAAUAUCAGGGUCAACAGCAUCUAUGGACUUUUGGGGGUCCUCUCUACAUUUGGUUUGGAUGCUCCUUUGAUUGGUGUCUCCUAUGUGCUGAUUAUUCAUUCUGUGCUCAGCAUUGCCUCCCCAGAGGAGAGGUACAAGGCUUUUAGCACCUGUAUUUCCCACAUUAUUGUUGUGGCUAUCUUCUAUAUCCCUCUCAUUGGACUGUCUGUUGUUCAUAGGUGGGGAAAGAAGGCACCCCCAUUUGUUCACACCACAAUGUCUGAUGCCUUCCUUCUUUUGCCCCCUGAAGUAAAUCCAGUUAUCGAUAGUGUGAGAACCAAGCAAAUCCAUAAGGCAAUCAUCAAGGUGUUUUUGAAAAAAUGUUACAGAAAUUGA